AUGCAUCAAACUGCAGCUGAUUCCUUAUUUAUGUGUUUCUGGUUUAUAUCUCGGAGAUUUCUAAUAGAAAUCUCAUGCGGAUUAAACAAGCGAAGUUGAGCCCAUUGCGGUAUGGCUAAUGUGGACGUUUAUUGAUGGGAAUGUCCUUUAUGUUUUUUUCUAACAAAUAAUCCUUUGCAACAGUUUACUUCACCAGUGGGCGGUUUCUGUCUGUCUGGCGUUCUUGUCUGAGUAAAGGGAACACAUCUCUGCAGUGAUUUUGCCUGCGCGGUAUAUUAAAAAGAAAAGAAGAGAGGAAAGCGAGCUGUGAAACUUUAGUUUAAGCGCUGUACAUGUAUUUUUUUUAAUUUUGUAUUUUAACGAUCGCACGUACAAUUAAACGUAAUGAAAUAAAUUGGUUUCUUUUGCUAUUGACAGUCUUGGGAUUAUAAUUUGUUUUAUGGAGUCCUUCUUUUAUCGAUAUUUCUUCUCGUAAUUCCUCUCGAUGCGUCUGAAACGUCCUGCCUCGAUGCUAUAAAAAAGGAGGAUGUCCAACCCAGAGAAAUUACUCUCAUCACGCCCCCAAGCGCCCCUGACGACUGGGAAACGGCACAGAUGCAGCAGCAACAUCCAAAUAUACAGCAGUUUGUCUCUGGAAGGCGGCUGGGCAUGUAGUUCUCCGGUUUCUGCAGCGACACCUCAAAACGGCAGCCGGGGAAGAAGCGACAUCCUCGCCAGAUCUGCAGCUCCCUGUUUUCCUCCAUCCCCGUACUCCACGGUUUGUCCUUCGCCUUCUCCGAGCAAAUUUACAGCGCUGCGGCAGCGAGGAGACGAAUCGACCCUCAGCUGCAACCCGGCGAGUAGCUACGGACUCUUCUCUCUUUCCCCUCACUCCUCUCGCUCCCUUCACGGGUUUCUGCAGCCAGAGUGGCACAGACCUUACAGACCUCAUCUGCAAGGGCUCUGGUCGAAUCAUUUUCUGAACAGCAGGACUACCCACAGCAGGAAUUAUAACAGAGAAACGUUUUUCUCGCUCGCUUCUCCUUCCUUGCUGUUGGAGUCAGAAAUGGAAGAAGAUGGUCCACCUUCGUCAGGCUGUUUUAGAAGGUUUACGGACUGUUUUCUUGGUACAAGUCUGACCGAUGAAAAAGUAAAGGCCUACCUUUCCCUCCACCCCCAAGUUUUAGAUGAGUUUGUGUCUGAAAGCGUGAGCACAGAAACAGUGGACAAAUGGCUGAAGAGAAAGAACAGCAGACAGGAAGAUGACUCCACAGUUAAGGAAGUCAGCAGGCAGUACCAGGACACAAAUAUGCAAGGCGUUGUGUACGAACUGAACAGCUACAUGGAGCAGCGACUGGACACGGGGGGAGAUAACAAACUACUGCUCUACGAGUUGUGUAACAUCAUUAAAACAGCUACUAAAGCUGAUGGAUUUGCACUUUACUUUCUGGGAGAAUGUAACAAUAGUCUGUGCUUGUUCACCCCUACGGGUGCAAGGGAAGGGCUGCCUCAGCUGAUACCCUCUGGACCUAUUGCUUACGGCACCACAAUCGCAGCAUAUGUAGCCAAGACCAGGAAAACACUGUUGGUGGAAGACAUCCUCGGGGACGAGCGGUUUCCCAAAGGCACAGGACUGGACUCAGGGACUCACAUUCACUCCGUCCUGUGUUUGCCAAUCCUCACUGCCAUCGGUGAUCUUAUCGGCAUCCUGGAGCUGCAUCGCAACUGGGGAAAGGAACCGUUCAACCUUAGUCACCAGGAGGUUGCAACAGCAAAUUUAGCUUGGGCUUCAGUGGCAAUUCACCAGGUCCAGGUGUGCAGAGGUCUUGCCAAACAGACGGAGUUGAAUGACUUUCUACUUGAUGUCUCAAAAACAUACUUUGAUAACAUUGUGGCAAUAGAUUCUCUACUUGAACAUAUAAUGAUAUAUGCAAAAAACCUGGUGAAUGCAGACCGCUGUGCGCUCUUUCAGGUUGACCACAACAACAAGGAACUGUACUCAGACCUGUUUGACAUCGGGGAAGAAAAUGAAGGGAAACCAGUCUUUAGGAAAACCAAAGAAAUUAGGUUUUCUAUAGAAAAAGGAAUAGCAGGACAAGUGGCACGAACAGGAGAGGUCCUCAAUAUUCCUGAUGCCUAUGCAGACCCACGCUUUAACAGAGAGGUGGACCUCUACACGGGCUACACUACCCGGAACAUCCUAUGCAUGCCUAUUGUCAGCCGGGGGACAGUUAUAGGGGUCGUACAAAUGGUGAACAAAUUAAAUGGAAGUGCCUUCACUAAAACCGAUGAGAACAACUUUAAAAUGUUUGCAGUCUUUUGUGCUUUGGCCUUACACUGUGCUAAUAUGUACCACAGGAUACGACAUUCAGAGUGUAUUUACAGAGUGACCAUGGAGAAGCUCUCCUACCACAGCAUCUGCACAUCAGAGGAGUGGAAGAAUCUCACACAGCUGACACUUCCAGCACCCAUGUACAAAGAAAUAGAGCUGUUUCACUUUGAUAUCAAUCCUUAUGAAGAACUAUGGCCGGCAGUCUUUGUAUACAUGGUCCACAAUUCAUGUGGAAAAAACAGCUUUGAACUCGAGAAGCUGUGCCGAUUCACCAUGUCAGUGAGGAAAAACUAUCGGCGUGUCCCUUACCACAACUGGAAACAUGCUUUAACGGUGGCUCACUGCAUGUAUGCCAUUCUGCAGAAAAACCAAGACAUUUUUACUGAACUAGAACGGAAAGGACUCCUGGUAGCCUGCCUUUGUCAUGACCUGGAUCACAGAGGCUACAGCAACAGCUACUUGCAGAAGUUUGACCACCCCCUGGCUGCUCUGUACUCCACAUCCACCAUGGAGCAGCAUCACUUCUCUCAAACUGUCUCCAUCCUGCAGCUGGAAGGGCACAAUAUUUUCUCCAACCUGACUUCCAGUGAGUAUGAGCAAGUCCUGGAGAUCAUCCGGAAAGCCAUCAUUGCCACAGACCUAGCAUUGUACUUUGGCAACAGGAAGCAGCUGGUGGAGUUACUAACGACAGGAGCUCUGGACCUCAACAAUCACGCACACAGGGAUCGCGUCAUAGGUUUGAUGAUGACAGCAUGUGACCUGUGCUCGGUCACAAAGUUGUGGCCUGUGACAAGGUUGACCGCUAAUGACAUAUAUGCAGAAUUUUGGGCUGAGGGAGAUGAAAUGAAAAAGAUCGGUAUGCAGCCAAUCCCUAUGAUGGAUAGAGAUAAAAAAGAUGAAGUUCCCCAGGGUCAAGUGGGUUUCUACAAUGCGGUAGCAAUCCCCUGUUAUACAACUUUGUCUGAGUUAUUUCCUCCAUCCACCCCACUUCUGAGAGCAUGCAGGGAAAACCUCGCCCAGUGGGAAAAACUGGCUGAAGGAGAGGACAGUUCCAUGUGGGUUCCCUCCCAGUCUGUUACCUCUGAUUCUGCGGAGACCGUUCCUGUGAAAAUAGACAAUUGAUAUGGACAGGGAGCUACAGAGACAGAGAGGGAAACAAAUCUUGCGAAAGACUCCUGUGCGCACGACCACCUUCCUGUGAGGCCAGGAAGAGGAGCACUAGGUGGAGGAGUGAUUUCGUUGAAGAACACUAAAAACAUACAGUUACCUCAUUGGGUGAUGGAGGUCCAUAGACUGAAGGUGUCACCUGGAAUGGUGACUUUAGGGACUUCAGUUGAAGAAUGAGGCUUGUGAUCUGAUCACCUGAACCAUACCGCUUGGGAAUAUGUUCAGCAGAGUGAACGUCUAUUUUUUAGCGUUUUGUUUUAUUUUGUUUUAACCGAUUUCCUUUGCGGUCUAUAUUUGCUGAGGCCUUAAUUCAAAACCCUAACUAAGGCAGGUGGUUUUAAAUCUGCCUGUUUUGUGUUCUAGAGGUUUAACCUGUAGAAAUGGUACUUUUGAAACUGUGGUUGGCUAAUUCCACAAAGCGCUAAUGGAUUAGUUAUACAUCAGCCGGAAUGUUUAUGGAAGAUGCGUGUUGUGAGACUAAACAAUGAUUGCGGUCUCAGGAAUGUGUCUGUUAUCAAGAGAAAAGGUUCUGUACCAGUACUUGAAUAAAAUACAACCUAUUCUUACAGCAGAUGGCAAAAAAAAAACUCAACCUUCCAGGUGCAAGGAGUGGCAAAGCAUUUUGGCCUAAGAUAACAUGAUUUCCACUGUAGUCAUAAUGACUGGCAGUGUUCCUCGCUGAAAUUCUUUAACUGUGAAUUCUGGGAACCUCCACUUUAUAUGUACAUUAGCUUUACAGAACACCACAGAACAGUCUGUCUUUUUGGAAGACACAAUAAUAUAACGAGAUAAAGAACUUCUGAAAUGCUGCAGUGAGCUCUUGAACUUCAGGGAAUAAGAGCCCACAAAUAGCUGUGAGCCUUGGGCAUGGUAGUAAGGGUUAUGACUAAUACUGGGGUCAGGACGACUGAACUGACUGCAAUACUUUAAAUUUGAAUAAUAUCAAGAAUAUUUGAAGUCAUGUAAUUUAUUUGAAAUGUAUCUUCUGUUUAAAAUGAUCCCCAAAUGCAAACAGUUGCAUGAAAUCAGUUACCAUUGAAUUAUUCUAGAGCAUGAAAUGAUCAGACUUAAACUGGUGGACUUAAAAAAGUCGUUGUCCUAUUGUAUAGGUUUUGUGAUAUUCAACAAAGUUAAGCUAAUGUAAUUUUUAAGGAAGAAGAGUUAGUUGCAGUAGUGAAAAUAUUCCCUUUAAAAUAGCAAUAGAGGAUGGAAGACUGACACUGCAGGUUGGAAUUGCACUCCUUAAGGUAGUAUUAUCAGAUUCAGACUUUUUUUAGCAAUGUGCUUUGUUUUUGUGUUUUUAUUUGAAACAUCUAACUUAUUUUUGGUUGUCCAUCUUAUGUUGUACCAUUUAUUAUUAGUCUCAGCCAAGCAAAAUGCACAGAUUUCUGCACACUGUGUACAGUCUGGGUAGACUCUGAAACAAUUUUGAUAUUUGAAGAAAUGUCUAAAUGAGAAUCAAACUGAAAAUAAUAUCUAAUAAUAAGCUCCUUCAUUCCUUAAGAGGAAUAGCUUUAAAGUAAACAGAGAAAAUACAUGAAUGGAAAUGCCUUAUUGUUGAAGAUUGUUGGAUAAAUGCAAACUUCUAUUAUUCAUAUCUAUAAUAUACUCUUUCACCAAGUAACAUGCACAGAAUGUAAGAAGAGGUAACCGACGGGAGUGUAACAGCUGGUGUUCUCUUGCAGUUUUGCCCAUCUUGUUUUAUGAAAUCCUCAAUCAUUUGCUAAUGAGCAAGGACCUGAAGAGUGGAGGCAGGGAUGACAACUUCAGAAAAUUGAAAAAUCUUUGUGGAUAAUUUUGUGAAAAAUUAUUUUCCAUAUAUAAAGAGAUACAUACUAUAUUUGAGCGUUCCAAAAUAUGCAUGAUGUUCUAAAAGACUAAACCUAAGAGGUCAACAGCAAGGGUGCUGUGGGAAUCUUUCACUCUUUAACCGAGUAUGUUGAAAUUCAGUAAUAAUAAAACAGUGGUUUGUAAGAAAAGUCUAUUUAUAUCUGAAUAACAAAGUGGUUCAUAACUCUGGAAAGUACUUUGAAAUGUCUCUGUUAGGAUUAAUCUUUAGACAGAAAAUCAGAAGCGGAAGAAAAAAACUCAUGAAAAAAGCACACGGAGCAAAACUGCUACAAAUGUUAAUGUCAGAAGCAUGAAUCUACAAGUUGGGGAGUUUUAAUGUUGCUAACUUUCAUACACGGUAUUGCUUUUCUAGAGCGUGCACUUUAGAAGAAACUUCUAGAAUAAUGUUUGUAUUGAAUGUCAUCCAUACUUUUAAACAAAUGGCCCUGCAAAGAAUAAGAUAUUCUACAAUUGUUUCACUGCUAGGAUAAUAUAGCGCAGCUGCAAUCAUCAAUGGUGCUAUCAGGAGGUUCAUCUUUGUGCCUCCAGUGUUUUAACCCGUUUUUCUAAAACCAAUUCUUCUGGGUUGUAAUAGGAAGGUUUCUAUGUAUAGAUUCCUUAUCUGGCACCUUUCUGUUUCUUUGAUUGCACUAUGGCUUUAGUUAGUGUUUCUUUAGUUUUCAGUAACAACAUUACUACAAAAAAGCUGGCUCUUUACUUGUGUACUAGUACAGUGUGGGGAGAACAUAACUGCAUUUAGAUUUAUCAACCUAUUUGUUGAUGAAAACAAGAUUCACCUUCUGUGUAAUCAGAAAAACUAUUUAAAUAUUACAUAGCAUUUUUUGUCAUAAAAAAACUUAAUGUGUGUCUCUCCGUAUUAAAAAAACACCAUUGCCAUUAAAAAGAUGAUGUAAUUUUAUUUCUUUCUGCAUUGUAAUUUGGCUGUUCCCCAGUGUUUUUCUUUAGAUGUCAGAAAGUGCUGUGUUGGUGGAAGACCACUGCAAACAAUUUUGAACAAGCACUUUGUGUUAUGAAUAUUGAAUGGGAAAUGGGCAGAAAAUAGCAAUGAUAACUGCGAGCUAAGAUAAAUAACCAUUUUAGUGUGACAUUGAAAUUUCAUAAAAGACAUUUAUUUAAAAAUGAAAUUGUUGUAAAAACUGCCACCCAACACUGAAAUGCAUAUUAGAUUGCAGUCAGUUACCAAAACUUAUAAUGAGUGCUAAAGCCCAGCAGCACAGGAUAAAACACCAUGGUGAUCUACACAGUCUUCCAUUCCGAUUGGUCAAGAUGGAUGACUGCAAGGUUUUUUUACCUGUAUAUAGUUGAUGUGAGGUGCCUGACCCAAGGAGGUCUCCUUCACACUCGGGUUGCUAUUAGAGGAAAAAUAAUGUUAGGUAUAAAUUUAACAAUUAUCAACACUUUACUGCACAAAGCAAGAACUAUAUAAAUGGAAAAAUCUGUGUGAUCAUUACCAAGAAACACUUAAGUUGCUGUGACCUAGAAAUUAAUCAACCAACUUUCUCUUCCCCACCUUCCUUGAUAAAAGAAAUCAAUGUUAACGGUACAUUUUAAUAUUUUAUCAAGAAGUUAGUUCUUAAACUAAUUUAUAAGGAACUAUAUCCCAUGUGUGGUUUAUGAUUCAUUUUGGACUGCAGUGUCAAUCCAAUAUGUCUUUUUAGCUUGCUUUGACAUAUAUUUACUGUAAGUACGUUUCCAAAAAUUAACCUUGUGAAAGUAGUGGCUAAUGUUAGGGCCAUAGCAGGUGUCUUUGCUUCUGACAUUUUUGGUUCUUAGUAACUCUUCAGAGGGUUUUUCAGGAACUCAAUGGCAUUUGCAUUGUGGAGUAACUUAAUGUGAUCCAUUAAGCCUGGAGGCUUUGUACAGCAUGCUUGCAAUCAAGGGAAUCUAUAACCAGCUGAAGGGGAGAAUGUGUGCAUAUUACUUGGGGUGUUGCUGCAAACCUGAGCUUGGAAAAUAUAAAAGUACCUGAAAGUGGAGAAAUAUGUUUAAUGAGCACAUUUAAUGAUGAUUUUAUGAAAGGAAGGUUUUUGACCUCAUUCAUGGUGUGCAACACAGGUUAAAUAGCAUGUAAAGAUAUGAGAACAUGCAUGUUUUGUUUUGUUGUUUUCAAGGGAAGGUCUUGCCAUUAACAAAAGCUUUCAGGCCAGUUAAUAUGAAGGGAAAUAAAGCAAGAACUUUGCACAAACAAACCUAAAAACUAAAAUAUCUCUUUUGGGGGCUAUGCAUUAUAUGUUGUUUAGGAGCACUUAUUGUACAGCUAUUCCUUAAUAUGGCUUUUAUGAAACACCUUGUUUUGUAAAUGUGGCUAACAAAAUUAUGCUUGUGCUAAAAAUGGCCACAGUCCUCCUCGAAAAUUGUGUAGUUCCAGAAACAUUACUUCACUGAAAUAGCUCAGGUUCUGCUUUGUGACCCCACUGUAAUCUGCUCUUAUAAAUCACUGUGCUCUAUGAUAACUUUUUCAUUAAACUAUGGAAGGCAAGAGGUAGUAAGUUUCCUGAAGCACGUAAGUGAAUCAAAUUAUGCUGAUCUUAAAAAUUUAUUUUCCCACCCUUUCAAAAAAGAAAGAAAGAAAAGGUCUCAUUCUCUGUUGUUCUGGGAAUAAAGACUGAUGUUAUUUAUAAUACGUGAAACGAAUAUUCACAUACCCUGGUAUGGUCAAAUUUAACUGGAACUUAAACAGAAGGUAAUAAUAUGCAGCUGCUGCUUUUUCCAAAGCAGUGCAAGAAUAUCAAAACAGGAAGGAGUCUUAUUGUACUUUUCUCUCCAUUGUUGCUACUGUAGGUAUCCAUUUCUUAGAUCCUUGUCUUUCUGAUCAGUUCAGCUGUGGAAAACAGUUAAUGGAUAAUAUUUACAACUCCUUUACUUACUCUUAGUAAUCCGAGAUCUGACUUGCUCCAAUGUAAGAACAAAUGAUUAGCUUAGGUUUGUACACAUAUAAAGAACAAAUGUGUAUAAAAUCUGUGACCAAAGCUUGGGAUGGGAUUUUUUUCACAAGUAAUUUGAUUCAGGGUAGCAUACCAAGUACUUGGUUACCAAUUGAAUAAAAUAAGCUGUAUUUUUUUUAUUCUUAUUUUUGGUUUGUAUAAAAUAUAUAUGCAAGUGCAAUAAUUUUGAGAUGUCUUAAAUUCACAUUUAUAAAUUUAAAUAUUGUAUAUGUUGUUUUUUCUCCAUGUAUUCAUUUGCAGUCUUUGUAUUUAAAAGAAUACUCUUAUGUUUGUACUAUAGAACAUCAAAACCAUUUAUUAUACCAUUGUAAAUAAAUGCACAGAACAGA